AUGAAGACAAUUAUUAUUUUGCUAUUAAUAGCAACUUCAGCUGUUAUUGCUGAUGAUUUCUCAAGCUCUGAAUAUCAAGCCUAACAAAGAAACUAAAAGCUUAACAAAUUAUGGUAAGCUAUCACUGAAAAUAAACAAUCUGGUACUUAUCCUUCUCCUCUUGAAAUAGCUUCUAUCUUUACUGAAAGUAUGAGUGUUACUAUUGAUUAUAAAUCUGAUUCUUUGCCUGAAGGAAGAAAAAAAUUAAUUCACUCUGUUGGUGUUGUUGGCUAAGUUAAGUUCGUUGCUGAGCCUGAUACUCCUUACACUGGUCUUUUUAAGGGUGCUGAUUCCGCUUUAGUCAGAUUCUCACUUGCUAAACCUCCUAACUAUUCUAAGCCUGAAGCUAAAUACGCUUUUGACAAUUACACACCUGGUUUAGGAUUAAAGUUCUUAGCUGACGGAGUUCCUUCUGCUAACUUAGUCGCUAUGUGGGGAGUUAAUGGUGUUGAUUCAUUCAACUUUUUCGAUAAGGAUAUGAACACUCAUAUUCCUAACGCUGAAGGCUUGUAACUUAAAUUAGUUGCCAAAAAGUUCUCUACUGCUACUCCAAUCGUUUAAAAUGUUGGUUUAAGAAGCUUCGCUGACAGAAACUAAGAUGGUUCAUAAGUUUCUGAACCUAAAUUCCCUUUCAAGCUCACAUUCAGAGCACCCUCUGAUAUUAAAAACAGAUUUACUGAUAAUUUUACCAGAGAAUACUCUUAAAUAUUUGCUGAAAUACAACCAGGCACUACUGUUUUAGAAGUUUUAGCUAUGGAUGAUCCCGCUACUGGUUGCUUAAAGAAAAUAGGUUCUCUUAUUACCACUUCAGAAUUUACUACUAGUAAGUUUGGUGAUAAAAAUCUUUUCUUCUAACAUCAAGCAUAUACUAAUGAUAUCGAACUUCAUUCUUAAUGGUCAGAUUAUACUCCUUACUUUUCUUUCUUUGGUAGCAAUUUACCUAAAAAACCUGAAGGAAAAUGUCCAUUUGCUUCUUUGUUAGGACUUUGA